AUGAUAAGUCUGGAGGAGCAAACAAAUACAAAAAAAAAAUACCUAAUGCUAGAGCAAUAUAAACACCAGCAAAAAUCACAGCAAGGAGAACAAAAUGAAACAGGUGUUCUAAGCAACUACAUCCUUAAAAAAGCCAUAUUGUGGUGGGACCAGGAAGGCCAGCGGCCGCCAGGACCACCGAACAUCGGGCCUGGACGGGCAGCGAUAGCGGCUGCUCUCCCAGUCUGUCCAGGGCCUGCCUUGGGCCUUUCCAGACCCGCGCUGACUUCCUCGACGGCUGCUAGAGAGGCGCCCCUCGGCAAGCGCCGGCAGCGAGGAGCCCCCUCUGUCGGGCGGCGGCUCCCAGGCAAGAUGGGCACCUGCCGCCCACCUCCCCAGCCCGGCCAAUCUCCGCCCAGGAGGCGGCGCAGCCGCGCUCACCUGGGACGCCCCACCCAGACCUUCCUGCGCGCCUCCAGGCUACGAGCCAUGGCGGACGCCGGGAGGAGAGCCGGGCAGCCGCGAGACUGGCAUCAGGACCGGCCGGCGGUGGUGGCGUGCCGAGGCCCGAGGCGGAGGCGGCCUUCUGGACAGACCGCUUGUCGCGCCCUGUGCACAGCCAGAGCCUGCUGCCAACAGCUCCAGCUCCUCCUCUGCAUGCUGAUUGUCAUCUGCAGCUCAGUCUCCUACAAUUCGGCAGGUGGCUACACUGGUCUUUUCAGUCUGGGAAGCAUUUACUACUACCAAUAUGGUGGGGCCUACAGUGGCCUCAGCGGAGCUGACGGGGAGAAGGCGCAGCAGUUGGAUGCCCAGUUCCACCAACUCAAGGUGCCACCGGCCCAGGUGGCCAUGGCGGUUGGAGGGCUGAUGGCCUUUGCCUGCUUCCAGAUUGUGGCUAGUCUCUUCCGAGUGCCCUGGCAUUGCCCAGCCUGGCUGAUAGCGGAGGCCAUUCUGGAUGUGGCCAUUGCAAUUGGUCUUGUGCCAGCUUUGUACUUCUACUACCACCGCCUUCAUGAGAUCUAUGCCUCCUCUCUGUGCAAAGAGCGAGAGAACCUCUACCAGAGCAAAGGCUACAGUGGCUUUGGCUGCAGUUUGCAUGGAGCAGAGAUCGCUGUGGGCUUUUUUGCUGGGGUGGCCAUUGUGGCCUUUGCUGUUGGCGUUGUGUUGGCUGUCCGUGGCUUCAAGAUUGUCCGGAACCUCCAAGCAAAACCAUCAUCACACAGCUAUGAACACUAGCUUGGCCUCUCUGCUGCCUGAGUUGAAGGGAGAGCAGGAUGGAGCAGCAUAUUAAGCCAAGCUAAGCAAUGCCUUUGAACCAUGUACAGUGGUGGCAGUGAUCACUUUCUGUCUAAACUCCUUCACAGUUCUGUAAACAUUCUCCAAGCUCCUAUUGCUUUCCCAUGUUACAUACUGAUGCAAAGUCUAACAAGACUACUCCCUGCUCCUCUUUAAUAUAGAAUGUCACCUGUAAUGACAAGAAGACCAACUUGGUCCCAUCACCAACCAGCACUUUCUUCCCUUCCUUUUCCUUUCAAAUCAUGCCUUUAGAGUGAGACCGUUGACCAGAGACUUUCAAUAUAUGCCUUGGGGAAAAGUGCCAUCUUGUUGGUACCCCCCAGAAAAAACUCCAAUCAUCUUAUAGAUAGCAAAAUCUGUGUCUUUUUCCACCCACCCCUUACAGGUUUAAAAUGCCAGAGAAAAUGUUUUUCAUUCCUUCUUCCAUUCACCUCAUUGAGCUGCUUCCUUGAUUAGGAAGCUACGCAUUUGCCUUGAAGGCAAAUGCUUCUACUAGAUGUUCUGUGCAGUCUUGUUUCAAAUUGUUUUCAUUAUAGAAUAUAGUACUUUUGUACAACAAUAAAAUCACUACCUUGGUAAUUCA